GUUUAGGUUGUGUUCUCUUCAUCAGCUAUGAUCUGAACCGAACCUUUUAAGCUGCUAAACCUUCUACCGGCGGCAUAACAAUGGCGGGAAUGGUAGCUCUGCAGAGCUCGUUUACUUCUCUUUAUUUCUCGCCCAGCUCCUUCAUAGGCCAACGUCUCUCCUCCUCCGCGUGCUCGCCUCCUGUUAAAUCAAUUGAGAAACCUUUUCCUAUUGCAGCAAAGCUUAAGAGAUGGGAGCGCAAAGAGUGCAAGCCAAACAGCCUUCCUCUGCUACACAAACUGCAUGUUAAAGUUGGAGAUACGGUGAAAGUAAUAACUGGGCAUGAUAAAGGUAAAAUUGGAGAUGUUACUGAGGUUAUCAGGCAUAACAGCAAAGUCAUAGUGAAGGACAUUAACUUGAAGACCAAGCAUGUUAAGAGCAAGCAAGAAGGUGAAUCCGGACAGAUAGUUAAGGUGGAAGCGCCCAUUCACAGCUCAAAUGUGAUGCUCUACUCCGUGGAGAAGCAAUUAGCAAGCAGGGUAGGGCAUAAAACGCUAGACAAUGGAAAACGGGUUCGCUACCUUGUGAAAACUGGUGAGAUCAUAGACAGUGCAGAUAACUGGAAGAGACUACAGAAAGAGAAGGAGAAAUCAAAAGAAGAAAAAGAAGAAGAAGAAGAAGCUGCCCCCGCUUUUUCUUCUUCUUCUUCUUCUUCGUAGAACACUGUGUGGGGUCUUCUUGAGCUUCCUUCACUUCGAUCCAGUGGCGGCUGAAGCAUAUUCCAGGAGUGGUGUCACAAAACAAUGUUGAGUUUCUUGCUUUGAAGUGCUUGUAGUUGAUGUUUGUAUCAUUGUAUGAGACAGAAAUGUGUUGACAAAAAGGUCUUUUUUCAUGGAACAUAUGAAAUAUAACAUGAUGUUUCCA